UGAUCGUCGACCUGGAACAAGAAGAACAACCAAUCUCUCUGCACUCCUCCUGAAUGUGGCGGUCGUGAUCCUUUUUGACGUUUUGUACCACGCAACCAUGCUGUUCACCGGUGCCUGUUUGCUCAACUUGUUCGCGCAAAGUGUACACCUUUUGCACGACAUUCCGGUUGUGCGGUCCGCCUGCCGAAG